CUUUGCAGGUAUUUUUUAUCUCAAAAUGGCGAUACCGGUCCUGCAGUCGAGGGUUUUCUUCGGUCUGAAGACAGACAUCUCGGGAAAUGCGCACUACAUCACCGACACCGACAUCCUGUACCCUGUCGGUAGUACACUUGCGAUUCACAAUUUCGUCCAGAGGCGACAAAGGAUAAUUCGUUUGCCCGAAAAACAUCGCGUCAACAUCAUCUCCGUUACGCCGAAUAAGAGAUACGCGGCCCUUUGCGAGAUCGGCGACAAGCCUACCAUCUCUAUCUACGACCUGCAGACCUUGAAGAGGAAGAAGUUCCUGGGGAUCCCCUACGAAGCGCCAGGAGUGACGAAGUUCAGUUGCAUCUCCUUUACCUUUGACAACAAGUACCUGGCAGCGGUGACCGGCGAGCCGGACCAGACGAUGCUCUUCUACAACUGGGAAAAGGGAAAGAUGGAGUCAAGUCUGAAGGUGGGCAAUCCUCAGAACAACAUGUCGCUGGUGAGAACGAUCCAUUGCAACCCCGGCGACGCGGGGAUCAUCGCAAUGGGUGGUCCUUACGCCUUCAAGUUCUUGACGGUCUCCGAAUCCGUGUGGCGUCCUUACGGCUUCGCCAAGGCCGACAACAUCCUGGUGAGCUCGAUGACCUGGCUGAACACCGACAGGCUCCUGGCAGGAACUCGAGACGGCAGGAUCCUCUACCUGGAGAACGGCGACCUGAAGAACAUCUACAAGAUGCAGGACAUCUCUCUGAUGAACCUGAAGAUUCGCGAGGAGUACGUGAUCCAGACGACGGCAUCCCAGUCCAGCAUGGAGGCCGGAGACGACGCAUUCUGGGAGCACGACGUCCGGGGUCUGGUGGCCUUCAACAGGGGCUUUGCAUUUGGCUUCGGAGCCGGGACCCUGGUGGUCUUUGAGCGAGACGGUCCCCACAAGUACACCAAGAGGAACGUUUACGUGGUGCCCGAACAGGCCUCCAAGCAGGAGAACCCUAAUCUGUACAGAAUCAACUGCAUCAACGCAAACUUGAGCUCGGAUCGGCUGUUGGUCACCACUGGGUGGGCCCAGCUGUUCUACGCCAAGUUAUGGGGUCCGGAUUUGAACAUGGACCCGGAGCCCCGGUCUUUAAAGAUCAUGGGCCAGAUGCUGCACCAGGGGUCCAUUUCCGGGCUGACCAUGUGCGCGUGGAAGCCCAUGUUCAUGACCUGUGGACAAGAGGACAGGUCCGUGAGAUUGUGGGACUACGAAUCGGAGAGUCUGGUCAUGCUGAAGCAGUACCUGGAGGACAUCUGCUCCAUCGCUCUGCAUCCCACGGGGUUGUUCUGCCUGGUCGGGUUCAGCGAUAAGUUGCGGUUCAUGAGCAUCCUGAUAGACAAUCUCCUCUCCAUGCAGGAGUUCCCCAUCAGGAACUGUAAGACGGUCAAGUUCAGCUUCGGCGGGCACAUGUUCGCCGCGGUUAAUGGGAAUUUGAUUCAGGUUUAUACGACCAUCGGGUUCCGGAAUCGGUUCAUCUUGAAGGGCCAUACCGGGAGGAUCCAGGGUAUCGUCUGGACCCAGACGGACACCAAGCUGGUCACCAUUGGACAGGAAGGCGCCAUUUAUGAUUGGGACAUGAGCACCGGGUCGCGGGUCGCCGAGGUCAUCCUGAAAGGAAUCGUCCUUACCGAUAUCGUCCUGACCGCCGACGCGCAAACUUAUUACUGUCUCGCCACCGACCACGCGAUCAGGGAGAUUAAGGAUGGCGUGAUACUACGUGAAUUCUCGAUACCCGGAAUGGAGUUUAAGUCCAUGAUAAUGGGGAAGGACGACCUGAUGAUGUUCAUCACGUGUCCCGGUGGGAUCAUAUUGUCGUUUAAAUGCCCUCUUCAAGACCCCUUGGAGUACUCCGACUUCCAUUACCAUUCUGCCGAUACUACGCACAUCCUCUUGUCCGAUAACGAGCAGAUCAUGAUAUCGACCUCUCGAGACGGGAGCAUGUGUUUCUGGAAAGUGCACUUCCCGGAGGGCAAGGCAGCGAUGCUGGUGAAAGAACUGCCUUACACGAACGAGGUCUUGAUCUCGAAGGGCGACCUGGAAGAGAAGAUACAAACCAUCAAGGACCUGACAACAAGGAUGAGAGAAUUGGAGACCGAGCAUGCAUACAAAAUGCGACAAACCGAGGUGCAACACAACGAUAAGAUGCGAGAGGUGCAUCAGGGAUACUGCGAGGCGAUCGAAGAGCUGAGGGACAAGAUCGACAAACUCCAGGAAGACAGGACGAACGAGCUGAACAACAUCAACGUGGAGAUCGUGAAGAUGAAGACAGGCCACGAGGAGGCGAUGCAGAGGAUGGAGGCGAGCUACGAUGCGAAAUUGAUAACGGAGUACGACAAGUACCAGGCAUUCGAGGAGAGGACCAACGCGAUGCGAGAGGAUUACGAGAGGAGACUGGAAGAGCUGGAGUUGAUGAGGAAGGAGGAGCUCCAGAAGACCGUGACAAAAUACGAGGCGCAGAUCCACGAGAAAAACGCCCAACUGGAGGACACCCACGAGGAGAUGGCUCACCAGGUUCGCGUGCACGAGCAAUUGAAGGUGCAGAUCGAAGACGACGCCGAUAGGGAAAUCGUGGAGAUAAGGACGAACUACGAGACGCUGCUCUACGAGGAGAGGCAGAACAAUCUUAAGCUGAAAGGCGAGGCAGGAGUGAUGCGCAACAAGUACGUCUCCGGGCAGAAGGAGAUGGACGAGCUGAAGAGGCAAGUCUCGCAUCUCCAGAGGGAGCAAGUCCAGUUCCAGAAGAACAUACAGGAGCUGGAGAAGAACGUCGUGGGCUUGAAGAAGGAGAUCGACGAGAGAGACGGCACUAUCCAGGACAAGGAGAAGAGGAUAUACGAGCUGAAGCGCAACAACCAGGAGCUGGAGAAGUUCAAGUUCGUCCUGGAGUACAAGAUCCGGGAGCUGAAGAAUCAGAUAGACCCUCGCGACGAGGAGAUCGGAGCCUUGAAGGAGAAGAUCCAGGACAUGGAGACGGAGCUGGUGAACUUGCACAAGACCAACGUCAGUUUGGAGCUGCAGUUGUUCGAGCUCAGGGAGAAGCUCGCGGCGGCACGUAGAGAGGUCCAAGCGGAAGUUGAGGGCAACAAGAGGAACCAGCUGCUGUUGAGGAAGAUCCGAAUCGAUCUUCUGGACACGGCGGGACUCGUGCAGGAGCCCCAUGCCCUGAAAAUUGCGGUGAUUAAUUUAUUUCACAGGUACAGCGACGACGAAGAGUUCCUGAGGAGUCGGAAGGCUGAUUUGGAUGCUCAGUGUGAGUUCAUGAGGCAGAGGGAUUACCUGGAGAGGACUGUGGCUUCCUUGAGGAAGCAGGUGUUCCGAGGCGUGUCUCCUGGUGACAAAGGCUUGGACAAGGUCCUGGAGGAAAACGUCGUGCUGAUAACGGAAUUGAACGGCUUGAGGGACGAGCUUAAACGUGCACAAAAACGCAUUAUUGACAUGGAGAAUCUUCUGGGGAUACCAGGAACAAAAGAUGUUAAAAUGGCGGAAGCUAGGAACAAACUGGCGAAAGCUUGCCAUGGCCAGGAGGAGUUGGAAAAGAUUUAUCGCACACAAAUGCAAGAAUGCCAACAUAUGGUCAUUAUGUUAAAGGAGGACAUCAAGAGACUUCUUAACAAGCUACCGCCAGAGGAGUAUAAUGUGGAUAAAAAUCUUUUAUAAUGUGCAAGUACGUACGGGUUGAUGUAUAUAUGUAAAAAUGGAGUUAUCGGAUAAUCUUUGCUAUUUAUUGUUUAUAUCGUGGGGAGGCUAAUUUGUAUCUCAAUAGUGUGAUACUUACCGAGUAA